AUGGUUAUGGGGUUAAGAGUUGCGUUUGUCUGCAUUGUGUCUUUUUUGUUUACGGGGUUAUUUAUGCUACUAAGGGAAAAGCGGGGUCUAGACCGAGAAAAAUGCAGUCCAUAUGAGUGUGGAUUUGAGCCUAUUGGAAGAGCUCGGAGGCCCUUUUCUAUCCGAUUCUUUCUAGUAGCAGUUUUGUUCGUCGUGUUUGAUGUAGAGGUAGUGCUGUUAAUACCUUUUGCCUACAUGUUCUUUUACGGUAAGAGAGUGUUAGGGAUUUUGUCCUCAAGGGGUUUCCUUCUUAUCUUGUUUGGGGGUCUCUAUCACGAAUAUCGUGAGGGGUCUUUGGAAUGAGUAGGUUAA